GAACAAAUUCCACGACGAAUGAAAUCGUUUGUACAUAAAAACUUUUUUAUUUUCCUUUUGUAGUUUCAUAGCCCAAUCCAAAUCAGCCUAGGCCAGGCCCUACUCCUUCAAGCCCAAUGCGAAGACGAAAACUUACCCAAACAACAGUAAAACAACGCAUGGCAACUGACAUCACGGCACAAAAGCUCCACUGUUACCGCAAAUCCAAAAUUUAACCUCCAAUUUCCUCCUUAAUCUCAGGCAUUUUUAACUUCAAAAAAAUUAAAAAAAAAAUUUACUACUUCCUUUUGCUUACACCUCAAACCAUGGGCGGAGUCGUCUAACACCAACACGAAAAUACAGGUAGAGUGAGAGAAAGUUUGGGGAGAAAGCGAAAGAAAGCGAGAGAAAAGGAGACUUCAGAGAAACAAUUAAAAUAUAUAAAUAAAUAAAUAAAAUUAUGUGGAAGAGUAAAGAUAAAAAAAAGAAGGAAAGCAAAUUAGAUAAAUAGAGUAUAGAGUCGAGAGGAAAGAGGAAAGAGGCUCUUUCCUUAAGUCAAGCCUUAAGCAAGCUAAAGUGGGCUAAAUUGGAAAGGUUUUUUUAGUUUUGGUUUGUUGUGAGUGUUUUUAAGUAGCGAUCGGAGAAUCGGAUGUUAUAUCCGAUCGUCGGCGAUCGGAGAUGCUACUUGCCUGUGGUGAUGGCUGUGAAUGCGGAGGUAGGCCAUUGUGAUGGUUUUGGGGGUGGUGGUGGCGGCAGUGGCGGAGGAGGAGGAGGAGAAGAAGUUGGCUGUGGUGGUUGAGAGUAGUAGAACAACUAGGAGUGUUUUUACAGUUGGAGGAUGAGGAAAGGAAAAGGAAGGAACAAUGGCUUGUUGCCAAAUUCGUUGAGGAUAAUAUCGUCUUGUUUAAAGACUGUUUCCUCGAAUGCUAGUAACGUCGCUUCCACGGUUCGCUCCGCUGGUGCUUCCGUUGCUGCUUCCAUUUCCACUUCUUCUGAAGAUCAUAAGGAUCAGGUAACAUGGGCUGGCUUUGACAGGUUGGAACUCGGUCCAUAUCUCUUCAAGCAUGUCCUCUUACUUGGUUACCAGAAUGGAUUUCAAGUCCUUGAUGUGGAGGAUGCCUCUAAUUACAGUGAACUGGUUUCAAAGCGUGAUGGUCCAGUUUCAUUCUUACAGAUGCAGCCUUGCCCUCUGAGUUCAGAUGGACAAGAAGGGUUCAGGGCAUCACAUCCUAUGCUAUUGGUUGUUGCUGGUGAUGACAGCAAUAGUUCAAGCUUGGGUCAGAAUGCUGGCCAUUUGGCUGGGGUGGUUCGAGAUUGCCGUAUGGAGUCACAGUCAGGGAACUCUGUCAACUCGCCUACAGCAGUUCGAUUUUACUCUCUUCGGUCUCACUGUUAUGUGCAUGUUUUGAGAUUUCGGUCAUCCGUGUGCAUGAUUAGAUGCAGUUCCCGGAUUGUAGCUGUAGGUCUUGCAACACAGAUAUAUUGUUUUGAUGCCCUCACUCUCGAGAAUAAGUUUAGUGUUCUCACCUAUCCUGUUCCCCAGUUGGCGGGACAAGGGGCUGUCGGGGUUAAUGUCGGCUAUGGUCCAAUGGCUGUGGGUCCAAGGUGGUUAGCAUAUGCUUCCAAUAAUCCACUUUUGUCUAACACUGGCCGCUUAAGCCCACAAAACCUUACCCCUUCUCCUGGUGUCAGUCCAUCAACAUCCCCUGGUGGAAGUAGUUUGGUUGCUCGUUAUGCAAUGGAGUCUAGUAAGCAUUUGGCAACUGGGCUAAUCAACUUGGGGGAUAUGGGAUAUCGGACCUUAUCCAAGUGUUGUCAAGAGCUACUUCCUGAUGGGUCAAAUUCUCCUGUGUCACAAAAUUCAGUUUGGAAAGUCGGAAGGCUAGCAGGAACUGAUAUGGACAAUGCAGGAAUGGUUGUCGUAAAGGAUUUUGUUUCUCGAGAUGUUAUAUCACAAUUUAAAGCCCAUACGAGCCCCAUCUCUGCAUUGAAUUUUGACCCUAGUGGGACCCUUCUGGUUACUGCAUCAGUAUAUGGAAAUAACAUAAACAUCUUCAGGAUUAUGCCAUCAUAUGUGCGCUCUGGGUCAGGUGUUCAAAGUUAUGACUCAACCUCUUCUCAUGUGCAUCUUUACAAGCUACAUCGCGGAAUAACAUCAGCUAUGAUUCAAGAUAUUUGCUUUAGUCACUAUAGUCAGUGGGUUGCGAUUGUUUCAUCCAAGGGAACUUGCCAUAUUUUUGUCUUAUCCCCUUUUGGAGGUGAUGCAGGAUUUCAAACACAUAGUUCUCAGGGUGAAGAGCCUUCCCUAUUUCCAGUUUUAUCCCUGCCAUGGUGGUCUACCUCAUCUUGUGUCAUUAAUCAGCAAUCUUUCCCACCUCCACUACCCGUUGCCCUUUCUGUUGUCAGCAGGAUAAAAUACAGUAGUUUUGGAUGGCUUAAUACGGUAAGUAAUGCUGCUGCUUCUGCAACAGGAAAGGUUUUUGUGCCAUCUGGUGCUGUUGCUGCUGUUUUUCAUAAUUCUAUAUCACUCAGUCCUCAGCACGUUGAACCAAGAACAAAUUCCUUGGAACAUCUUCUAGUUUAUACUCCAUCAGGUCAUGUAGUUCAACAUGAGCUUCUGCCAUCAAUUGGGGCAGAUUCAGGUGCUAAUAAUUCAAGAUUUCAGACAGGUUCAUAUACACAAGUACAAGAGGAUGACUUGAGGGUGAAAGUUGAACCUGUUCAGUGGUGGGAUGUAUGUAGGAGGUCAGAUUGGCCAGAAAGAGAGGAAUGUACUUCUCAGGCUACCCUCGAGAGACAAGAUGUUGCUGAAGUUCUUCAAACUAAAUCAGAUUGUGAGGGAUACAGAAUUGAUUUUCCGGAAAUUAAUGAUAGUGUCAGUGGAGAAAAGACUUCAAAACUUUUUCCUACAAAGCCCCAUGAGAGCUUCCACUGGUACCUCUCUAAUGCAGAGGUGCAAGCAAACUCCUGGAGGUUACCAAUAUGGCAAAAGUCUAAGAUUUCUUUCUACAUGAUGGAUUGUCCAAGAGCAAAUAGUUGUAAAGGUGGUGAGUUUGAAAUUGAGCAGGUCCCAGUUCAUGAAGUUGAAAUCAAACGCAAGGAAUUAUUACCCGUUUUUGAUCAUUUCCAUCAUAUGAAAUCAAGCUGGAAUGACAGGUGUUUUGCUGCGGGAAAAUAUCCUCUGUCCUUGUCUCCAGAUCCUCAUCAAGGUGAAUAUAGAGCCUCACAAGAGACUAUUAUCUGUCAUUCAAUGCCAGCGUCACUUAGCUCCACUGAAAGUUCUGAAGGAGGUUCAUCAAGGAGACUGGAGAAUCUACUUGAUUUGGAUCAAAUUAACUGUGAGAAGUCUUAUACACCCAUUUACCAGUGUCUGAAUGAAAUUUGCCUGGGAAAAAGUGGGAAUGGCAUCAUUGAGCCAUUGGUGCUGAAUCAGGAGUCUUUGACCAUUGUAUCUUCUGCAUUUGAGCAGUCAGAGAAUAUAUAUUUCGAUACUGGUCACUCUGCGACAAACGGUUUUUCCUCUUUCGAGAGUAAGUUGCCUCCGUUAAGAAGUAAGGCUGAAGGAACACCAGCUAUCAAUGCUGUUGGUAUUGGUGAUGCCUUAAUGUUGCAUGUAGACCAUUAUGAUGCGUCUACAAACAUUCUUGCAGAUGGGUCGUCAUUUUCUACGCAACAGAAUCAGGUUGAUUUUGAGCAUUUCCAGGAAGGGCAAUAUGAAAUCUUACAGCACAAUGAAUGCGGCAAUUUGACUGAACUUGGGAAUGAUGAUGUCGAUGGCAGCAGCAACCACUGUGGUAAGGAAAAGCUACAGGAGGAUGGGGAAAAUGAUGAAAUGCUUGGUGGCAUAUUUGUGUUCUCUGAAGAAGGUUGAAACUUGAAGCUAUACGGUUGAGCCGGAUUCAUCACUCAUGGUAUUUGUUCAAGCUGCAAUACAAAGCUCGGUUCAAAGUUAUCUAGACAGUUAGCGAAGGUAUCUUUUUGGUAUCCAAAUUGCAUUUCAGGUUGUAAAUAAGAGGACGUACUGAUGGUAUGGUAUUGUUUCCGAGUAAUGCUCAAAAGUGUUGCAAGAGCAUGCUUCAUCUCUCCCCAUCUCUUUUGUAUAUUUUAUAGAUGGCAAUUCGUAAAAAAAUCAUGGAGAGUUUUGGAUUUAGGACAAGGGUUUAACUCAAAUCAAAACUCUUGGUGGUGCUACAUUUGGGUUCACAUUCCUUGUCUUGAUGAUAUCAAACUUUUUCUGUACAGAAAUUGUGUGAAGUUCAUGUCCCAAGCUGUAUAACAAUAUUGUUUUUCUGGUGAUGACAAAAAAAAAAAAAAAGAAGAAAAAUCAAAUGAAAGGAGGAAAAAAUUAAAUGA